AUGCAGGAGCUGGUGACAUCAGAUCACGCCUCCUGUGACUUUCCGACAGCUCCCGGCGGCGGGGGCCCGGAGGAGGGAGGCGGGCCGGAGGCGUGCGGCACUGCCGGUCUGUGCUCAUUGUGCCCCCCGCGCAGGGACAGCCAGGACGACGAACAGGCGAAGCCAGAGGCCAGCUCCGGGGAUGGAUGUGAGAGCAGGCCUUCACCAAAGGAGCUGGAAGAGCUGGAGCUGCUGAACAGGGCCUUAGAGAGGGCACUGAGAGUCCGGAAAAGCAUCUCAAAAACUCCGUUAGAGAUCCAAGCAGCUCCAGCAGAGAAACCUGCAGAUGAAGGACCUGCUUUCGAGAGUGCUCAAGAACAGCAAGUGCCUGUGUCUGUCGGAGAUGUUCCUGUGACCGGGGAGGUGAGGGCUGUAAGCAAAAAGCCUGCCUCUUUGAAGAAGCCCUCUCCAUACCAGCUAAGAGCACCUUACAGGACUGACCCAGAUGUGAAAAAAACACAAAGGAGAGCCCCAGCCAGAUGUGUUUCUCAGGGUCCCAGGACAGCUGGGAAGAGCUCUUCAAAAGGGGUGGCUUCCAAACAAGGAAGGAGUCAUAGGCCAGCCAACAGUGCCAGUGGCCAACAGGUCUGUGCUGCGACUGAACUCCAAAAGGCACCUGGUUCAUCCAGGUCUGCCCUCAGGGAGCAGCAAAGCUUCUCCAUAAGGAAUUCAGGUGGGGAAAGGAACUUGGUAGCUGCUGACAGGCAGCUAAUUGAUGCAGGGAAGAAAAGCUGUGGUUCCUGUGGAGGUUCCAGCAGAAAGGAGAACCCAACAACUGAAAGCAUCUCGGGAGGGAGCACCUCACCUCGGACAGUCACCGUCCAGCAGCAGGGAUGCCAGCUGCAGCUACCGCAUCCCUACCGGAAAGCCUAUUCCAGGAACUGCAGGGCAUGGGAGAGAAGUCGUCUCUGCCAAACAAGUGCAGAUGCAGCAGCUGCAAGGAAGCGUUUUACAGACAGGAUCCAGACUACUUUUGAGUUCUGUCCACCGAUGCCAGCACUCAGUCCUGCAGAGAUAGAGGAGGAAUUAAAGGUCCUCCAGGAUGUCCCAUCGCUUCUGAGCCAGUAUGUGGAAGCUGAGCCUGCAGACCAUCCCACUCUGCAAAGAGAGUAUGAAAGCCUUCUAACCUUGGAGGGUUUGCAAACCACAGUCUCCCAGUGCUUGCACAAGCUGCAGCUUCUGCAAGCAGCUGUGGAGUCCCAGAUGAGGCUGCACCCAGACUGCACUGGGGAUGUAGGAAGCUGCUGUCCCGCCUGUGUUCCUGCCAGGGGUCGGGCAUGUGGCACUGCAGGCACGCUGGCUGUGCCUCUCCUCUGGUACUCCAGUUUCCAGGAGCUGAGGGACCUGUUUGCCUUGAAGCUGCGCGUGUCAAUGCUGCACCAGGAAAUUGCCUUACAAAAGCUCACAAUGACAGAACUCCUGCCUGUCCUGGAGUCCGAGGCAUACCCAGAGGCCUCUGCAGCUCAGCUGUAUCGGGCGAUGUACACACAGCUCUGCGAAGGCGGCAAGCGGUUCCCUGUGCUGGUGAGAGAUGAGCUGGCAGACUGAUCUGGUGAGAACCUCCUACCAGCCAUUCACAUAACCAGAGAGAGUUUUAAGCAAUAAAUCUUUACCAAUAACUUUGUUUUUUUUUUUUUUACUCUACUUGUUUGUCCAACUAAAGGAAACUAAAUUCCUGGCUUUUGGCUUUUUCUUUGUAUAUGAGAUUUACAACCUGCUAAUUCUGAGGCUCUCUGAAGCUUCAGAAGCCUUCAGUGUUUCCAUGGGUAUGGUGCUGGCUUUUCUUCAAAGUCUUCCAAGGUCUGUCUGUCCAGCCAGCUCUGGAUUCUUGACCUCCUUGGCCGUGACACUGCCCUUGUAUUCAGACUGUAGCUAUCCCUAAGACAUAAUUCACGCUGAUCGCAGUAUACUGGGGGCACAGCUUUCCAGUGUCAGAAAAUCCAGAGAACCUGAGCUUCUGCUUCCCUAUUACCGUGUUCACAAGUUGGUAUAUAACCAGCAUUGUAGUUGCAUGCAGUAGUGCCUCUUCAGGAACUCGUCUGGUUUCCAGACAGCCAACUGCUCCGAGCUGGGCCGGCACCUGCACCGCUCUGCAGCUGCAGCAGUCCUUUCCUGGUAGCCUGCCAGCCACGUUGCUGCUCAGAGCAGGGGCCUCUUCAGGCAGUUUCAUGACUCGCCGGGCUCUUUUGUAACGACUUGCACUAGCCUACAACUGAAAUACUUUUGCUGGACCACCUUAGGUGGUGAUCGUGCCUGAGGCAGCAGUCUGAGCAGGGCUGGGCUGUCUGCACUCGGGAGAUGUCAGGGAAAUCCAGCUGCAGCAGUGGAGAGCUGACAAAGCAGCCCGGUAGAUGGCACUCAGCCCUUUGCAUUGCUGCUGAACCUGUGCCGGUGGCUGGUGGAUUCGUUUCCCAGAGUGACUUGUGCAAUGUCCUGCCCAGCUAUAUAAAUACAGGUACUCGAGCAAUUCUGACCUUAUCACCACGGGAAAACUCCGGCUUUGGUUCUUCAUGCAUCUUAGGUCUUCACUUGUGGGCCCUACAUCCCCUGGCAUUGCCGUGUAGCAAUUUAAGCAAUGCUUUGGAGUUGUAUGGAAUACUUCUGUGUUGUUAAGUCCAUUUAGAGAAGGGCCACUACAGAAUUUUAAUUCUUGUUAAUUUGACUUGCACUGUGUCAUGUUGCUGGACUGAGCUGUUUGUUUGGAGUGAUUUGGCUCCUAGCAAUGCUGACGCUGGUCAUUAUUUUUUCAUGGCAGGAGAUAAGGCUGUCUCUUCCAAAUAUUUGGCGUGUUCCCAAUUCACUGAAAAUUACCCAAAUAUAUGAAAAUCAGCAUCUCUUGCACUUUUAUUUUUUAUCAGAUUGCAUUUGUUUGUUCAUAUGUAGGAUUUCAUUUCCCAUGGAGUCGGCCGUUAGGGCAGCUCUGGCAUGUGCAACAGAAGCACGCAGCAGCUACCCAGGGAUGUUUGCUUUUGAGCCUGGAUGUAUUUUAUCUGAAGGGUUGGCUUUUCUUUUUCUGCAUGCAUAUGUGGAAGCGUAUGCGUGAACAGACAGACGGAUGUAGGACGGAGCUGCUGUAAGGGACAGAUGUAUACGACCUCUUGUUUUUGUUGAAAAGGUUGGGAAAAUGCUGGUUUAGCGUGGUUGUGUAGGUGGUAGAGGGAUGGAAGGCUUGUCCCACAUUUUUCUUCCCCCAGACCCAAACCAGCUUUCUCUGUGUGACUAGGCAUCUGCCCCUUCAGGAUACCUGAAGGUGGCUGUGUGUGACGGCAUGGGAAUUCAUCAGGAAUCGGGGGUGAAGGAAGAAUCUAGAGGCUCUUCACCAUCAGAUCAGUGAGACCUGCCACCAGGCAUACCAGCACGGGUGAGGAGCUGCUCAGAGCAGUCUGAUGUAAAUUGGCAGCCACAGCAGGGACUGUACAGGUGUGAAAGGAGUGUGAAAAAGAGACCAAGCCCACAGGAACGUGCUCUCAUGGGCAGGGGUUGCUUCAAGCUCAAAGGAAAGCUGAAAAUGUAGGAGCGGUUGCAGAAGAGUCACCAAGAUGUUGACUGGCAGGUAGCUGGGUUGUUCUGUGCUGCUGGAUGCAGCGUGGUUUCGUUAUGCUUCCUACACUGUUUGAAAGGCAUUUUAUAAUUUUGCCAAUUUUCAUAAAUAUGUAAGACUUUAAAUCAUCUGAAUGACUCACUUCUUCAAAUGAAUCUUGUGCGAUAGCAGAUAAGAAGAUAGAAUAGCAGCUUAACUCUGAGCUUGGGGGGGUGUUGUUUUUGUUAGAAAAUGUGCCAUUGUUACAGGAGAAAGUGAUGUUGGUUCAAAUUGAGAUGAAGAUAAAAGACAGAAGAUUAUAUUUGUGAUGGCAGGAAAUAGUAUUACCAGAAAUGCAAGAAAUACAGUGUUUUGUGAAACUAAUCGGUGAUUCCAGUGUUGUGCAGACUUGAGGUGAGCCAAAGCACGGCAAGGGUCAGGAAGUAUGAGCAGAUCUUAUUCCUGCCUGGUCCGUUACAGUAGAGCCUUACGAAGUUUUUAGCUUUCACUGCUAAAGGACACGAAGCCGAAUUGUGGGUAGAGGUGGUUUUGUUGGUGGUGGUUGGUUUGUUUUCUCAUUUCUUUACAGACCCUGCGAUAUUAAAACCCUUCCAACGGCUCCAGUUUCUUUUCUACCAGCUUCCUCCCUUCCUUCCCCUCUGCCACUUCUACGCCUACUGUUUUUGUUUUUUAAACAUGAUAGGCAAGUGGGAAGAAGCGCUUCUGUCCGCGCACACUGCAAUCAGUUGACCCUCUUACAGAGUUCCACGUGCACUAGCUAGGUUAGGUUGGGUGUUUAGCGUUGAAACCUUCAAGGGUUUUACGCAGCAGAUAUUCUCAGACAUGCCGUCAAGUGCUCGCGACAGCUCCUUUUUUGAGAAAUGCAGAAUGUAGAGAGUAAGCAACGUGGAUUUAGGCAUUCUCCACUUAAUGCGGAAAUAACACGAGUCUUCCUCGUUAGGAGGCAAGGUGAACCUCAGAAACUGGCAUGGAGGAAUAUCGUUCCUCUUCCAUCCUUCUUGAGGGGAUCUAACAGUGGGUGACUGGCUCCAGGGUCCCACCCCCGCAGCAAAAGGAGGACAGGUUUCCCAGCUGCUCAGGCAUCAUGGUUUGGAGAGGCAAAACCAGACCGGCUGUACGAGAGAGGUGAAUUUCAUCAAGAAACAGUUUAAGUGGGUAAGUGUUGAACUGGGGGGAGAACUCCCAGCUCACUCUAGGUAACAAAUUUGCUGCCAGCGUUAUUCUUGAAAUGAGCUUUCUGUAUGAGCUCCAGAGAGCAGGCUGCUUAAUUAAAACACUGUAUGGAGUCAAGUCUGAAGCACGUAAACCUGAAUCAGCCAUUUGUUAGGCCGUGUGCACUCAGUUGUGCUGGUCAAGGAUUAUUAGGAAGCGUAGCAGUACUUUAAAAUGCUGAGUCCUUGCUUUCUGGACAGCAAACUCGUAGCAGAAGCAUUGAGACACACACGUGCUUUUUUCUUUUAAACUCAAGGCAAUCUCUCCCAGAGUUACAGAAGUUGGAUUGAUUAACGUGGUGCCUAAAUGGAAAUGUUGUGCUACCAACAACCAACAUUUAGAGGAUUUAUAGUGGAGAAAACAGUGUGCUUAUCAGACUGUCUUAGUGUAAGAGCUUGAUUUCCACCUGAAGCUCUACUGAGACCCUUUAUGCCCACUUCUGAUAAAUCUGAAAAUCACGUUAGUGUGUUACAUGGGAGUGCAGACCAUGCAGAGGAUGCUGAAUGCUGGUAACGCAGGAAGCGUGGCGCUCCUCCGGUCUGUCCCGGGGAAUCUCAUUCUUGGUAUACCGCAAGCAGUGGCUUGGAAAUGCUUCAAUAGCCUUCUGAGAGCAGGGAGAAAGGGCCAGCAGAGAUUUCGGGCAGGAAGCCAGUUCACAGCUGUGCGUCCCGAGUCCUCUCACCAGGUGGGGUCACUGAGAGGCUGUAGCAGAUGAUGGACCUGACACCACGGGCUCGUCACUUAUCUGUAAAAUGGCGAUUGAUAUUAUUUCAUUUGCUCAUUAGCUUGGUCCUGCCGCAUCUGUGACCUCUGGAUCUUUUAAGCGUAUACACUGGGCCUGGCACAGUCUUGUUUCACUGGAAACUUCCUAGUCCUCCUUUACCGUGAUUAAAAAAAAAAAGUCUUGCAAACCAAAAACCCUAACCAUGACUCAGCCUGACAUGAAAACAAUUCAUUAAAUCGGUAUUAAAAUUUCUAUUAUCCACCAUGCA